UUGUUUCCUAUAUAUAGGUCUGCCUUACCCCUGUACUAAUCCAUCAGCAAGUAUCUGUAAUCAUGCCUUUUUCUGCAAUGGAGAACCAGAAUAUUGGGGUUACAAGAUCCAAAAGAGACCUUCCACCGGCUCAUUUUUCUUUGAAAAUACAAACCUACUCCUUACUACCAAAGACAGAAGUUGAAAAGUAUGAUUCUGGUGUUUUUGAAGCUGGAGGCCACAAAUGGAGGUUGUCUCUUCACCCAAACGAAACAGAAGAAGGGAUUGGCUACAUCUCCCUCUACUUGGCAAUAGCGGAAACAGAUACUUAUCCUGAAGGGUGGGAGGUUUAUGCCGACUACAAAUUGUUUGUGCUUGAUCAUUUACAGAAGAAGUACUUAACUGUCCAAGAUGCUGAUGGAGAUAUGAAAAGGUUUCAUAAGGAAAAGACUGAGUGGGGAUUUGCAAAGUUACUUACCCUUGAAGCUUUCAAAAAUUCUUCUAAUGGAUAUCUUGUUGAUGACUGCUGCGAGUUUGGGGCAGAGGUUUUUGUUUAUAGUCGCAAUAACGAAUGGGAAUCUCUUGCCAUGGUUAAGGAACCUAGUGAUGGUACUUUCCGUUAUGAGAUGGAAAAUUUCUCAGCAAAAGCUCAGCCUUCUUAUUACUCGAAAGUGUUCACAGUUGGUGAGCGAAAUUGGAAAUUAAAGGUUUGGCCGAAAGGGAACGGUGCUCAGAGGGGCAAAGCAUUAUCUAUAUUCGUGAUUUUGGAUGACUGGAAGAGCCUUCCACCUAAGAGAACAUUAUAUGCAAAAUACAAGCUCCGGAUAUUAGAUCAAGUUAGUGGUAAACAUGAACAAACCACAGGUUCUCACUGGUUCUCUUCCUCAAGCAGCGAAUGGGGUUUUCCAAUCUUUCUGACGUUGGAUAAACUCCAUCAAGACUCGAAUGGGUUCAUUAAGGAUGAUAAAUUGAUUGCUGAAAUUGAAUUCCUCACCAUCUCUGUGAUUAAGGUUUACUCAUGAGAGAGAACCUCAAUAACCAAAAAGGUCCAAUAUCUGAAUUGUAUUGGAAUCCCUAUGAAUAUGUUAGCUGUAAUCAGAUAGUGGGAGUGUGCCAUAUUGGUUUAAGUUCAUCAGCACUUUUCAAGUUUCAAUUUAAUAACAAACCGUAUGCUUUCUCAUGUUGGAGAAGUACGUUUAUUAUUUAA